CUCAGCUAUGGAGAACGACACGGAUUACCAGUUGAUGCUACUGGAAAAAUAUUCCGAUAUUUCUCUGAGCAGCUCAGUACUUAUUGUCAUUGGUGCUGUAAUCGGGAUAAUAGGAAACCUAACCAUCAUCGUUUUUUACUUUUUCCGAAUUAAAGAGAGAGGAGAGCGUUACUUUAUACCGUUACUGGCUAUUGUUGACCUUGUGGCGUGUUUUACAAGCCCCCCUUUCUAUAUCAUGGACAACACCUUCUUCUACAAUUACCCGAGUGAUACUGCUUGUAGAAUUCUCUCGUUUCUGCAGAUGUGUGUUCCUGGAGCAUCAGCACAUAUACUUCUCGUCAUAUCUAUACAAAGGUACCUUCUGGUAUGCAAGCCAUUCGGCCCUAAAAUGACGUUACUGUGGAAAAAGGUUUUCUUUGGAAUGGCAUGCGGUUUUGCUGUAGCAUAUUCUGUCCCGUUGUUAGGAACUUCUGGAGUUUUAAAGACGGUUGAUAAGUUUAUGAAUCACAAUGUUACUACAGAAAUAUGUAAAUUUUCCGUUGACAACUCACCAGUAAUAACCGUGUAUUUUGGACUUUUGGCUCUUAUAAUGCUGGCAAACAUUGCAAUAACAGCUGGACUGUAUGUGCCUGUUUUGAGACAAGUGAAGCUUUCUUUUCGUCGGAAAUUAAAAAUGACAAGCACUCAAAAUGAAAUUAAUUUUCAUUCCCAUACCGAGUCUUCACAUACAACACAAUCAACUGAAAUUGAACUUGAAAAAGAAAAUUAUGGAAAAGAUUGCACUGAAUUACAAGAGGUUCAUCCAUCAACGAAAGAAAACAAAUCAAACACUCAUGAACACGUUAGAAAAACUUCUAAGGAAAAAUCCAACGAAAAUACAAAAGAGGAAAUCAAAGUUCAAAACCAUGAGGGUGCAGUGGAAAGCAAGCAUGCGCGCCCAAAAGAAGGAUCCGUGCAGAGAAGAAUCACAGUCAUGUUUCUUGUCAUAAUAAUUGCUUAUGUUCUGUCUUACAUUCCACCGCUAGCCAUUUUAAUUCUUUCAUAUGCUAUUGAGGAUUUUAAUUUUAUCACUCUGUCAGAAUCGGAGACAGUAGCCUGGCUUUAUCUGGCACGAUUUGUUUUUCUGAAUCAUAUUGUGAAUCCCUUUAUCUAUGGCUACUUUGAUACAAAAUUUAGGGACCAAUUACAGAUAUGUUUCAAGAAGUGUAAAAGAAAAACGUUUCUUAUUAAGUGAUUUAAUACUCACAUAAAAGAUUAAAACAUAAUUAUGUGGAUGUGAAAGCAAAUGUUUGUUCAGAGCAUUUGGGCGGUUACAAAGUAACCUAAAUUGCUAAAUAAGGUAAACAGAUGAGGACACUGUUUUCUGCAUGAGGUAACUUUAAAUUACACCUAAACCUAUGUUGUGAAUAUUCAAGUUAAAAUGCCUUAAAACCUCUUCUGAUGAAUUCAAGUGUUUUGUUUCUACGCAGCGAGGAUUGUACAAAGUUAAUUGCAUAAG